AUGUCUAAAGUGACGGUCCAGGAUAUUGAGGCAGUGGACGAUUAUUGGGGUCCAACAUUUCGUUCAAUUCUGGAAGGUGACAACAAGGAAUCCAUAUCCGAACAAUUGGAACAACGUAUACGCAGCCAUGACAAGGAAAUCGAAAGAAUUUGCAAUCUUUCAUAUCAGGGAUUCAUCGAUUCUAUACAAGAGCUAUUGCAGGUGCGGACCCAGGCACAACAACUGGCCACCGAGGUGCAGACUUUAGAUAAAUCUCUACAGCAAAUUAGUGCAACCCUCAUCCAGCAGGGCAAUGAAUUGGUGAAGGCAAGACAAAUUGAAUCAAAUUUGGCCUCGGCCAUAGAUGCUCUCAAGGAAUGUCUGCCUGCACUGGAGUGCUAUAUCAAGUUUUGCCAGCAGGCUUUCAAUAAACAGUACUACCAAUCGCUGCGGACCCUUGAAACACUGGAGAUGCAACAUUUACCCAAACUGCAAAGCUAUAAAUUUGUUACACAAAUGCGUUCUGCCAUACCGGUAAUAAAGGAGAAUAUACGAAGUUCCUCGAAGGCGGAUUUUCUUGAGUUCCUCGAAAAUAUACGUGGCUUCUCACCGAAAAUCGGCAAGGAUGCCAUUGAGCAUACAAAGAAAUUACAGAAACGGGAUAUUAACACCAUUAUCGAAGACCAUAAGAAUUCGGUUAAGAAACGUGAUUCCGCCGCCGAUGAUGACAACUUAAGUGCCCAAGAUUUAAUAGACUUCUCACCCAUCUAUCGUUGCCUUCACAUCUACACGGUAUUGGGUCAGCGAGAAUAUUUCGAGAAAAAUUAUCGCCAACAACGACAGGAUCAGGCGAAAUUGGUUCUCCAACCACCACCCGGCAUGCAUGAUAACUUGGAUGCCUAUAAAUUGUACAUCUGUGCAAUUGUCGGCUUCUUUGUUGUCGAAGAUCAUGUCAAGAAUACAGCAGGUGAAGUGGUAACCACCAGUUACUUGGAAGAGCUGUGGUCCACAUCGUUAACGAAAUUUGUAAAUGAAAUCAGUAUGAGCUCUUCAUCGUGUACCGAUCCAAAUAUUCUCUUGCGGAUAAAGAAUCUUAUUAUGCUGUCCAUCAACACGUUUAAAUGUUAUGGUUAUACGGUGAAUGUCCUGUGGGAAUUGCUGCAAAAUAUGAGAGAUCAUUAUAAUGAGGUUCUUUUACAACGUUGGGUCCACGUGUUCCGUGACAUACUCGAUAAGGAACAAUUCCUGCCCAUGGUUGUGGAAAAUCAAGAAGAAUAUGAGGCCAUCAUAGAACGUUUUCCCUUCCACUCGGAGCAAUUGGAAAAUGCCCCGUUUCCCAAGAAGUUCCCCUUCUCCCGUAUGGUCCCAGAAGUCUAUCAUCAAGCCAAAGAAUUUAUGUAUGCCUGUAUGAAAUUCGCCGAAGAUCUAACUCUCUCUCCCAACGAAGUUGCUGCCAUGGUACGCAAAGCUGCAAAUCUUCUAUUGACACGAAGUUUUAGUGGCUGCCUAUCGGUGGUAUUUCGUAAUCCCAGUGUGGCCUUACCUCAGCUAAUACAAAUUAUCAUCGAUACCCAGUAUUUAGAAAAGGCCAGUCCAUUUUUGGAUGAAUUUGUGUGUCAUAUGACAAAUACUUCAAGUAGUGUAGCGCAAUCCCAUUCGGCCAUGUUUCAUGUGGCACGACAAGAUGCUGAGCGACAAGUGGGUAUUAGGAUUUGUUCCAAAAUUGAUGAAUUCUUUGAAUUGUCAGAAUAUGAUUGGAUGUUGGUGGAGCCACCGGGAAAAGCUUCAGCUUUUAUUACCGAUAUGAUUUCCUACCUCUCAAAUACAAUUGAAAGUUUUGCCUCAAAACUGCCGAGUAUAGCACAGACGGCGUGUCAUCGCACCUGUGAACAUAUGGCUGAGAAAAUUUGGUCCAUUCUCUUUGAUGAUGAGGUUAAACAAAUCUCUAAUGGGGCCCUACAUCAAAUCAAUUUAGAUUUAAUGCAAUGUGAAUUUUUCGCAGCCAAAGAUCCCGUACCCGGUCUUAAAGAAGGUGAAUUAACCAAGUACUUCUUGAAAUGUCGCCAAUUAUUGGAUUUGCUGACAAUGGAAGAGUGGGCAACAUAUCUGCAUGAUUAUGGCACCAAAGAAGAUCGCUACAAUUUGGUACAUCCACAAUCGAUUAUUGUGAUUUUGGAAAAGAUACGCGAAGCCGAUCGUAAAACAAUGUUUUCGGGUCUGCGUAAGAAUGAUAAGAAAAAACUGCUGGAAACAGUUUUGAAACAAUUGAAAAAUUUAGCUGAACGGCAAAAUUGA